AUGAAUCAAAACGAUUCAAAUCAAAUACCAAAGAAGAGGUUAAAACGAAGUAGAAAUGGUUGUCAUAAUUGUAAAAGAUUAAAAAUUAAAUGUGACGAAAAGAAACCAUCAUGUUCUUAUUGUAUUAAAUCAAAUACAUUUUGUGAUUAUUCAAUUAAAUUAACUUGGGGUGGUCGACCUUAUAAGGAUACAAAUAAAAGACAAAAGAUUAAUUCAAUACCGAAUGGUUCACAAAUUGCUUUUAAAUCAGAAAAUACUAAAAUUGAAUCAGGUAAUAAACCAAAACCUUAUAAUAAUCAAAUUCAAUUUGUUGUUCAAGAUUUUAAUAUUCAUUCACCAAAAUCACCAUUGGAAGUAACUACUCCUGAAUCAAACUCAUAUUAUAUAUCCGACUCACCUAACAAAAAAUCUCGAGAAAGGAGUAGAGCUGUAGGUUCCACAAAAUUUGUAAAUCUGAUAUCUAAUACGCCAAAUCAAAAUACGUUCAUGACUCCAAAUGGUACUUCAAUACUACUAGACACAUUUCAAGCUCAACCCGUUAGUUUUCAUGGUCCUGAUAACUUGGCAGUUAAAAACAAAAUUGAAAUAUUAGACAAUGGAGAAAUUGAAAGUAAUAAAGGAAUUACAACUGGCUCAGUUACAUCUUCUGAAAGUUUUGAGUAUCCAAAUAACUAUUCAAAUGGUAUGAAUUACUUAAAUGAUGCAUUUGAUAAAAUUACAGAUGGUGAAAUAGAAUUUCAAUUACAAAAUUCCAGUAUUUUUAAAAAUUAUUUCAAAAAAUCAGAUCAAUGCAUGAUUGAGGAUGAGAAAAGUAGUUAUUCUUCGAAUAAUGCAAAUGAUCCGUACUUAUUAGAUUAUUCAAGAGAUAUUUCAAAGAUUGAUGAAUAUUUACCAAGAGAAAGAAAUAAUUUAUUCAAGGAUAAUUCUCCCAUGAGACUGAUGGCAAGCACAGCAACAAAUAUUGAUGAUGAUUUGAGUGUCACUUCUAGCUGGGAUUCACAAUCUGCUUUACAAGAAAUUCAAAAACUCGAAAUGGAAAAACUUUGUUAUUCAAUACCUCCACUGUUGACACCGUUACCUUCCUUAUUGCUAAAUGUUCCAUUUUAUAGAAGUUUGAUGCAUUUUUGGGUUCAAGUUGCUUGUCAUCAUCUUGUUCCAGCUCCAGCUGAUAUAUAUAAAGAUAAUCCUUUCAAAGUUUUAUUAUCACAAAUGGCUAUGGAAUAUCCUGCAAUUUUAACUACAUUAUUAGCGUUUUCAGCAAAAUUAAGAUCUUCAUUAGUUAGUUCAGAUGAUACUCCAGAUGUAAUACUAGACCAAUUAUUAUCAAGAUCUUGUACUGAAUUAUUAAAAUUGUUGAAAGAUAAAACUAGUGCAACUUCAAAUGAAGCUUUAGCUACAGCAUUAUUAUUAUCAGUUUUUGAAAUAUUUGAUUCAAAAGAUUUUAGUAAACACAGAGCCCAUACUUUAGGUGCAAGACAAAUCAUUAAAGCGAGAUCAAAUUUAAACUUGCCGUUGAAAAAAGAUAUAGAUACAGGUACUGAAAGGAAUGUGACGUUUUUUUUAUUAAGAUGGUUUGUUUAUAUUGAUAUUAUAGGUUCAUUAUCAGCAACUAAAAAUUCCAAUAAUUAUUUGCUAAUAAAAGAUGAAGAAGAAAAAUAUCAACCUGUUGAAGAAGUUACGAUGUUAAAUAAAACAAAAAGUACUGAUUUAGAGUUACGAGAUGGUUUUGAUCCCACUAGUCCACCAAAAGCUCAUAUUGAUUAUUUAAUGGGAUUUGAUAUAAAUUUCCUACCACAAUUUGCAAGAAUCACCAUUUUAAUUCGAAAAACAAAUUUUUUAUUACAACAAUGUGGUUCUUCUGAAAUUAAUUUACCACAAGAACUUAUAUGUAAAGCUUUAGAAGUCAAGGAAACACUAUUAUCAUUAUUAAAUAAAGAUGAAGAAAUUACUAAAGCAGAUCUUAGUCAUAUUGUUAAUUUAAUAACUGAAAAAAAGAAACAAUCUAGUGUUGAUUCACCAGAAGGAUUAAAAAGAAUGAUUAAAGAAAAUGAAGUAUUAAGAUCUACAAAUAGAGUGUUUUGUUUUGCUGGUAUUAUUCAUUUAUAUAGACGCGUUUUAUUAAUUCCAAGAGAAUCAAAUCUUGUUCAAGAUCUUGCUAUUCAAAUUGGACAAAUAGUUCAUCAAAAUAUUCAGAGUCAAUCUCCAGCUGAUAUAUGUGUUAUAUUUUGCUUAUUUACUGCUGGUUGUGAAAUUGUAAAUAAUGAAGAAAUGAGAUUAUUUUUUGAAAAUAGGUUUAUGAAAAUUGCAGAAAUGGGGAAUAUAAAUGCAAGAAAAGGAUUACAAAUUAUGAAAAGAUGUUGGGCAACAGGAGAAGAUUGGAUAACAGCAGCUACAAAUUUGAAUCUAGAUUUUGCAUUACUAUAG